GACGACGGGGGAUGGCGUCAGGUUCUCGGAGCAUUGCCCAGCAGUCAGUGGGCGGGCCUCUGGACCGAAUAACAUAUACAGGGGUAACGGCCCUUCCGUUGCAGACAGCUCCUACGCGCCACACGUUGCGACGUAACAUUUAGGAGGGUUUGUCAGGCGCUGAGCGAGGCAUCGGGGCGGCCCAUCCAUCGAGCCCAGGAAGAAGGAGAGGCUGCGCUCCGUCGCUCGGCUGCUCGAGCCUCCUUUAAAUGGAAAAUUCAGAUUCGGGUUCCCCGGCCGAUGCGUUCGUUCGAUCGUGGUAAUCUGCCGCUGCGACGGCGCGUGUGUGUGUUUUGUGUCUAGUCAAUCAGCAUUGACGUCUUUGACCCCAACCCCAGCGAUUCCUAUACAAGCAAGAGUUUGGCACCUCGCCAGGCCGAGCAAUCGAAUCCCACGCGAGGCAGAGAAGAAAAUAAGAUCUCAUGGUGUUGGCUGCUUGAGAAGCGUCGCCGGCGAGUUUAUUUUUUAGUUUUUCCCCGAUCGUAGAUAGGGCUUCGUGUAGCAGCAGCGCGCUAGAGCUGAACUGCUUGACGGGAGCGCGGCCGGAGAGGACACGCGGCAGAGUUUUCUUUCGUUGAGGUUCAUGGGUACUUCGAAACAGCAGGAUGCCUCUGGUGCUCUUUCAGCUCGUCAGAAGGUUGAAAAACUGCUGAAGGCAGCUCGUGAUGGAGACCUAGCUGGUUUCAAGGUCGCGGCGACACUCAUCGCAGAUGGAGAGGAGCUAUCGGAAGCUGUUGGAGACGUUAAGGACGGAAAUGGUCGUGGAGCCCUACAUUUUGCUGCCCGAGGUGGACAUGAGAACAUUUGCCAGUACUUGGUUGAGGAACUGCACCUUCCUGUCGACCCACUUGAUGACGAGGGAGAGACUCCACUCAUUUUUGCGGCACGAGCAGGCUUAUAUACAACAGCGAAAUAUCUCUUGGAUCAUGGAGCUAAUGCCCACGCAUCCGCCCAAGAGCUCGGAACUUCUGCGCUGCACCAUGCCGCAGGAACAGGAUCUCUGGAGCUUAUGAAACUUCUGCUCGAAAAAGGAGUGGCUGUGGAUGCUGCAAGCAGUUCCGGUACCCCUUUGAUAUGGGCAGCAGGACAUGGGCGUUUGGAAGCUGUGAAGCUUUUACUUGAACGUCAUGCAGAUGCAAAUUCUUCUACCGAGGAUGGCGCCACACCACUUUUAACAGCUGUAGCGGCACAGCAGCCAGAAAUUGUGGAACUCCUUAUAAAGAAUGGAGCAGAAGCAAACAUUGUUGCAGGAGGAGUGACACCUCUUCAUAUUGCUGCAGAGCAGGGUAACAAACAGACGAUUAAACAUUUACUCGCGGCGGGAGCCAAUCCAAAUGUUACUGAUGAAGCGGAGAUGACGCCCAUUCAAGUAGCUGCGAUCAGCGGACAUCGGCCAAUCGUUAAGAUCUUGCUGCCAGUGACUGCUGUGCUGCAAGCUGUAGAAGACUGGAGUGUCGAUGGUUUGUUUGAACAUGCAAAGCAACUGGCUGCCGAAGUGGAGGCUGCUGAAAAACGCGAUAGAGAAGAUCAUGACAAACAAAAGGCGAAGAUUGAAGAGGCGCCCGUGCUUAUGGAGGUACCCCCAGAGAAGAAGGAGAAGGCUCUUGAAGCAAAAGCAAGAGGUACUGAAUUUUUCCAAACGCAAAACUACACCGCUGCAAUUGAUGCGUACACACAGGCACUGGAUCUUGAUCCCAGCAAUUUUCAAGUACUCUCCAACCGAAGUUUAUGCUGGCUCAAAAUAGGACAAGCUGAACAGGCUCUUACUGAUGCACAAGCUUGCCGUAAACUCGCCCCAAACUGGGUCAAGGCUUACUAUCGUGAAGGUGCAGCAUUGAGACAGUUACAGCGCUUCGAUGAGGCAGCUGACGCUUUCUACUGCGGAGUGAAAGUCAACCCAGAUUCGAAAGAUGUCAUUGAAGCUUUCCAGGAAGCUGUUGCAGCCGGCAAGAAGUUUCAUGGUGUUAAGUAAAUUGCUGUAUGGAUAAUCGAAUCCGGUUUACUAAAGGAGAUCGAUCUCUUGUGUAUCCACUUUGCCUGGUCUGGUGUGACUCGUCCCAUACAGGGCGAUGAAACUUCACUGGUUUCGUCUGUCCUCCUGGCAUGGACAUCAAUAGAUCUCUGAGUUUACUUGCACUUAGGCUUGAUGGGGCGGUUGCUCUACGGGCGCUCCGCGAACUGCUUGAAGAGCUGAGAGUUCUAAUUGCAAGUAAAUCCUGAGCCUGAGAUUUGGCGGAGCAUUUUUAAGUCCAGAGGAAUAUGUCAAUGAACACGUCUUAGAUAGCUUUAGAUGCCCAAUCAGCCCUGCCCAUCUUUUGAAGGAUAGUACCUGUCUGGAGAGAGCUCAGCCAAGUUUUGUUCUGUGAGAUUUUGUACCACCCAAUUGAGUGUAUAGGUUUUCAAGUUGAUGCCUGAUGCCUGGGCCUACCUUUCAAGUUUGUCCAUUGUGGAUGAUUGCAGCUUGGGCUAUUUGAAACUUCGAAGUUUCCUGUGGACAGGCUACUGUCGCCAACAACUGAGCUCCCGUGUUUUAUUAACGGCAAGGUUUGCAGUUUGUAGCAGACUCAAAUAGUACAUAAUUUUCGCCGAAAUAUUUUAAGGUUCACCACUGAGGAAAUAUGGAAAUCUAGCUUUCAAGUCUGUAUAUAUGAUGUUAGGGCUACCUCUGUAAGUUUCUCUUGUCGUUCGGAUUAAACAAUGAUCUAUGACAGGAGGUUCUGACUCAUUCGGCUGGAGAUUAUCAGAUCCUCACGGUGAAAAUUAUAUGUAUUGAAAACUCGACUCGCUGGGUUUACACGGGAUUAAGUCUUUCAAGUGAGUCUUAUUUUGGGGAUGUUAGUGCGUCAUAUCUUGCUCCAUUUCUGAACCAAUUGAGAACUCUUCCCAGAUAGAGGUGGAUAUUGAAUGCAUCUUUUCCAUCACGGAGCAGUUGCAAUGUUCUUCCUGAAGCAUUGUUAUCACCUCAACCGGCCACGCCAUGUAACUUAUGGUCAUGGAGAAGUUAUCAGAUAAUCAAAAUGAUCAUUUGAAUUAGAUUCCGAGGUGUUUAGAUAAGUAUCCGAAGUUCACAAUGAUAAGCAGCCAUCAGGCUCUUUUUUGGGUCAUGAACGUCGUUUUAGCACGAAUGCUCAGGUUUUAGAGUUUAUCUGUUGAUGUUUUAAGUAGGAUACUUUGAACUUGUGAAUGAGAUUUUAUCUAGACUUGUGAAGAAAAGAAAGA